CGAUGCUAAGGAAGUAGCAUUGUUUGCGGAGCAUGUUCAUGGACCAAAAGUGAAGCUGGUGGCUUCAGCGCCAGCCAAACGAACGAUGUUGACGUGACAUAAAACAUUCAAAGGCAGCUACAUGUGAGCCGGGUUACAAGCUGCCAGGUGAAACAUGGAUUUCCUCACUCUGUUUGCUAUCUACGUCGUAGUGGUGCUGACAUGUAUAGUCCUAGUCUGCAAAUACUCAGGCCAGCAGCAAACCCCCUUUAGUAUCCUCUUCAACUCUGUAGUAAAGGUAGUUGCACCAUUUACUCCAAAAUGGCUCCAGAAGUUGUCACAGUGGACCUUGCACAGACUGUUUCACCAAAGGAACAACAUGUUCAUCUAUCUGCAUAUCUUGCUCGAGGUUGCUGUGUAUGCAGAGUUCAGCUAUGAGGUGUUUGGCUUCUGCAGGGACAUGGACACCACCCUGACCAGCCUGUCGGUACCUUACAUCCUGUUGGCCAUCAAGACCUUCUUCUUCUACCUCUGCAUCAAGAGGGAUCCAGGCACGGUGACGAAGAAGAAAGUCGCUGGCCAGCUGCACAUCUAUCCGUAUGACAGGAGGCUGUUUCACCCGGGAGUCUCCUGUCCAACCUGCCAGCUUGUCAAACCAGCUCGCUCCAAACACUGCAGGGUCUGCAACAGGUGUGUCCAGCGUUUUGAUCACCACUGUGUCUGGGUGAACAACUGCAUUGGUGCUCAGAACACGCGCUACUUCCUGCUUUACCUCGUCAGCGUGUGCGCCAUGGCAGGCGACAUCGCCUUACUAACAGCAGACAUGCUGCUUCAUGCUGUAUUGCGGUCAGGCCUUCUGACGGCCAGUUAUAUAGAUGAAUAUGGCCAGCAGCAGCCAGCAGGGCCUCUGUUUGUUGUACAGCAUCUAUUCCUGACUUUCCCUCGAAUCGUCUUCAUGCUGGGAUUUUUGGUCUUUGUCUUCUUUCUGCUGGCGGGUUAUGCCCUGUUCCAUUCCUACCUGGCUCUUGUCAACCAGACCGCCAAUGAGUGGUACAAAAGUCGAGGUUACGUCUGUCAGCACUGCCACCCAACUGCAACGGCAGACCACCUGACAGCGCCAGACCACUCUAAAAGACACUACUACAGCAGGGGGCUACUCCGAAACCUGGGAGAGAUUUUCUUCCCUCCACACCCUGUUCAGAAAAAAGACAACUGAAAAAAGACACUGCUUCCUGUAUUGUUAUGCUGCAUUCACUGUACCACCCCUGGCGUUUACUGUCCUUAAGAUUUACUGCUGACUGAAGAAAUAAAGUUUAUGUAAGCCAUUUCUUUAUGGGCUGUCCUGUCUACCCCCCUCAAAGCUUUGACAAGAUUGUCAGCAAACACAAAAGUAAUCCUCGUUGGAUUAAAUCAUUGUCUGCUAAUUAAAUGUUAUCGCUGGAAGCUUAGGACACGGUAUGAAAUCCCUUUUUAUCCUUUGCCUGCCAUCAAUUAAAGCAUGAACAUUUCCGAAGCUGGAGCAAACCUCUAUUUUUCACUUGUAAUUUCUUCAAUACAUAAUAAUGGCAUUAGGCCUCAGCUUCUGAACAUGAUAUACAUAGUUUUGUAUUGGGCAUGGGUAAAUUUUAAGAUAAGAUCAAUGAGGCCAGCAAGGGGAGCCGUACACUGAUGUUAAUUAGAAUUAAUUUGUUCUAUGUAGAACAUACACAGCUGGACAGCCCAGAGGCAAAACUAGAACUUUGCUUUAGCAUUCACAUAUUAUUUGGACAAUACAGUACGCCUUUGGAUGAAAAA